AACCCUAGCUUUCUUACGAGUGCCAAGGCAGCUUUAGUUGGUAUAUAUAAAAGGAUUUCAGCGGAAAACCUAACUUCAGCUUGCAGCUUCCGAUUUGGCACCGCCUGCUUGCUGCCUCCGAAUCCUCUCUCUCGUUUCCUUUCUGCGAGUCCAAAAUGGCGCUGGUAGCGAACGAGGAAUUCCAGCACAUUCUGCGUGUCCUGAACACCAACGUCGACGGAAAGCAGAAGAUUAUGUUCGCCCUCACCUCCAUCAAAGGUAUCGGUCGCCGCUUAGCCAACAUCGUCUGCAAGAAGGCCGACGUCGACAUGAACAAGAGAGCGGGUGAAUUAACUGCUGCUGAGCUGGACAAUCUCAUGGUUAUUGUUGCCAACCCUCGGCAGUUCAAAAUCCCAGAUUGGUUUUUGAAUAGGAAGAAGGAUUACAAGGAUGGCAAGUACUCUCAAGUGGUUUCCAAUGCACUUGACAUGAAGUUGAGGGAUGAUUUGGAACGAUUGAAGAAGAUCAGGAACCACCGUGGUCUGAGGCACUACUGGGGCCUUCGUGUUCGUGGCCAGCACACCAAGACUACAGGCCGCAGGGGGAAGACUGUUGGUGUCUCUAAGAAGCGUUGAGGUUUUUUUCUUUGUUUUAUGCAAUUAAUAUAUGAUUGCUCGACGAUGAUUUUUGUUAUUUAGCAUGUUAUCAGACAUUUUUAGACUUUUGUACUGUGGCCGUGGUUGGGUGGGACAUUGUUGUUGGGUUCUUGUCCACUUAUCCAUAUUAUCUUAUUUGUUCAA